UCCAGGCAACAAAGGCUGGGGUUCCUGUUCCAGGCAGCCAGCCUCACAUAUUGCAGAAACUCCCAGAAGAGGGGAUGUGAAUCCUAGAGCUCCCAGCUAUUCUGCUCCUGUUGCCACCAGCUUCCCUGCUGAGGGGUUCAGCAGGCUAUGACAAAACCAAAAUAGAAAGAUAAAGAACAAACAUUAUAAGACACUGCUUCUGUCUUGCCCAAACCAAACCACCUCCAGUUCCCAGUUGUUGUUUUCAUGCACAUCAGAAUUACUGAGGACUGCAAAUGCCGCUGGCCCAGAUGCUACCCAGAAAGGAAUGCAGAGAACUAGCCAGGAUCUUGGAGGCAUCUGAGGUUUCAUGGGGACUUUCCAGCAUUCCAGACUGCUGCCCUGCAAUGAAGCUCUGAGUCACGGUCUUUGGGUCUAAGGUACUGGCUACAAUGUGGAACCCCAGGACAGCCAACCUGACUAACCUUCUCUCUAAGCAGAAGCCCAAAAUGCGUCUGGCAUGAAAUCAGAGCAAGCACUACAGAAAGACUUCUUUGUUAAUGGAAAGAGGAAAGGAGAAAAGGGUUUCCAACAAAUUGCAGCAGUGUUUCCAUCAUUCUAAAGAGCCCACCUUCCUUAUAAACCAAGCUGUUCUAUCUAGUGACUCCCAUUCUAGCCUUUUGCCAGACACGGAGCAUGCCAAUCCUGGUGAAAAAAUAAAGACAAACCAUCAGAAAAACAGACCUGGAACUGUGAUACUCUCAAAACGGUCCAUCAGGAGGAUUAUGUCAGAAAGCCAGCCCAGCCCCCCUGUGAUCCCAUCCCGCAGGCCUGGGUUCCGGGUGUGCUAUAUCUGUGGCCGAGAAUUUGGGUCCCAAUCACUUGGCAUUCACGAGCCUCAGUGCUUAGAGAAGUGGCGUAUUGAAAACAGCAAGUUGCCCAAGCACCUGAGGAGGCCAGAACCUUCCAAACCACCGCCUCUCAGGGGCAGUGGGUCCUACAAUCUCCAGGCAGCAAACGAGGCAGCCUUCCAGAGUUCCCAAGCUCAGCUGCUACCCUGUGAAUACUGUGGCCGCACGUUCUUGCCAGACCGGCUCCUUGUUCAUCAGAGAAGCUGCAAGCAGAAGGGUGAGGGGCCCAUGGUAACAAACCCCAGUAGUUCUGAUGAUCUUGCUGGUCUCAAGAAAGCUUCUGGUGGCAUCCCAAGCCGACCAAGGACCUUUAUCUGCUAUAUUUGUGGUAGGGAAUUUGGCACCCUGUCUCUUCCCAUACAUGAGCCCAAAUGCCUGGAAAAGUGGAAAAUUGAAAACAACCGGCUCCCCAGGGAGCUCCGCCGACCACUUCCGCAGAAGCCUCAGCCCCCUCCAACUGGGCAGUCCAACCAAGAAGGGCCAAGUCAAGCUCAGCUCGUGUCUUGCCCAAAUUGUAGCCGGACCUUUGCCCCUGACCGCCUUCUGGUGCACCAGAGAAGUUGUAGAGCUCAACCUAGUGGCCCAAAAGUUCAGGAUUUGACCUCAGAGAGUAAAGGUGGUCUAAAAGGGUCCCCUAAGUGCAAACAGCAAAGGAACAUGGCAGCACCCUCUGUGAUUGAUAAGCCAACCAUGAUAAGGCGUCCACCAACAGUUGUUUGCUACAUUUGUGGUCGUGAAUAUGGAACAAAAUCAAUUGCGAUCCAUGAACCACAAUGUCUGAAAAAAUGGCAUAACGAAAACAACUUAUUGCCUAAAGAGUUAAGGAGGCCAGAACCAAAAAAACCGGAAGUCAGGACCAUAACUGCCAAGGGUUUCUAUGAUCUCGAUGCCUUAAAUGAAGCCGCUUGGACAAGUGCCCAGAGCCAGUUGGUUCCCUGUUAUAUUUGCGGGCGUACCUUCCUGCCAGACAGACUGAUUGUUCACCAACGAUCCUGUAAACCAAAAGUCGCCAAGUAAAGCCUUUUCUCCCUACGAAAGAGUUACAGGAAUUACAUCCUUUUUGAAAAAGCUGGGCUAUGGUAGGGAAGCAAAAAAAAGGAGGGAAGGAGAGGAAACAAGCAAAACUGGAAUUAACCAAAGGCCGUGGAGCAUGGGUGCUUUGGUGGCCUGGCAUGACCACUAUGUCACUGCUUUUAACGAGCAGCUUUGUGCGUGUGUCUAGACACACCACGGGCCUCGCCUGUCACACGGUUGUCUGUCGGGGAGAAUCACACGUGGUCGUGCCUCAUCAGAGCUGGCAUUUUUAAUCUCCAGGAAAUUUCAGAGCUGAUUGCUGCCAUUUUUCUUCUGGUCUGUUUUCCCAAACAAGAUCUUGAGCCUCACAA